AUGCUGUCGCUGUCCUAUGGUGUGACAUUUGGAGUGGUACUAAGCUCCUUCCUAGCAAGCGUUCUAGCUAUUCCUGUUGCUCACAAAACUACCCGCCAAAAUGGUGCGAUCGAGCUCAGCGAGCGAUGCCAAGCACCCAAGUUUCCAAGCCAAGAUCCACUUGACGACUGCCCUCGAGGCACAGUGUUCGUGAGCCAGCGCCACCCAUCUGCCAAAUAUCGAAACAUCAGCUCUGCUUUGGUCGCUUUACCUGAAGACGGCAGCACACGAACUAUCCUCAUCGACUCGGGCGAGUACAACGAAAAAGUUGUCGUGACACGUACCUCGCCCACAAUCUUGGCUGGAGUCUCUAGGGAUAUCCGUGAUCCUCUUUCCAACCGCGUCCGAAUCUGGCAAUCUUCUUACAUCAACCAAAGUGAUCCUCUUACGACGCUGCGCAACUGCGAUGCCGUAGUUCUCAGCGUCGGCACCGGCUCCUCUGCGGGAAGUAGCGACUUUAAAGCUUACAAUAUUGAUUUCACCCAACGACAAUACUGGCAUGGUCAACUCGUUACGCAGGACCAACUGGGACCCUCUGCGGCCCUGUGCAUGCAGGCCGGCAAUGCGAGCUUCUACGCAUGCAGCUUUGAGAGCUACCAAGAUACGCUGUUUGUCGGUUCUCGGGGUCAAGCGUUUUUCUUCGAGUCGAUUGUACGCGGCAUGACGGAUCAACUGUAUGGAUCAGGCAAAGCGUGGUUCGAACGAGUCAAGCUGCUCUCUCGUGCGUGCCGAGGUGGUAUCACUGCCUGGCGUGGCAAUGCUGACAACCUAGAUGAUCCAAGCGUCGGCGUUUACAUCAGUAAUUCGGUCAUCGACCGUUCGCCCGAUGCUAUCACGGGAACAAACCUGACAGGAACAUGCCACUUAGGAAGACCGUGGAACGCGCAUGCUCAUGCUGUGUAUCUGAACACGUGGAUGAGUGACAUUGUCAGCCCGGCCGGAUUCAAGAUCUGGUCGCGAGACCAAAGCAAUUUCGAGCAGGGUGUCACGAGGUUUGCCGAGUACAAGUCAAGUGGACCAGGUGGCAAUCUGGGUUCGAGAAAUUCAACGCUGGAGCACGUUUUGACGGACCACGAGGCAAAGAAGACUACGUACAAUGGCGUCUUUGGUGGGUCUACGCCUUGGAUCGACGCGAAACGCAUUCACCACUGGUAA